UGAAAUCAUUUUAAAUUUGGUUAAGAAAAAGGAACAUACAAUGCUUGAAAUUUUGUAUAAUGAAGGACGACGAAGCUUCGGAAACAAAUUCACAGCCCGGUAAUAAAAAAGAAAGAAAUCAGAAAGAUACAUCAAGGCUAGAAGAAUCAGAAACUGAGGAAGAUCCCAUGCCACACAGUUCUAAAGAAUUAUACCUCAACAAACAAACAUAUACCUUGCCAGAGAAAGAAGAAAAUGAUGUGGCCGAAACUGUAACAAACAAAGGAAAAAAGAAUGAAAUAAAACCAGAUUCCAUUUCUCUAAAUGUUCAAAAGACUGAAUCAACUCAAUCAGUGGAGGAAAAUAAAAUUCAAGAAAAUUCUCAUAUCUAUAAAGCUUGCCCUAACAAAGAAACGGAAUUUAUAGGGCCAAACAAGUCAGGUAUUUCUGGGAAUAUAUGCCUUACGAGCCCAAUAAGCACAGAUUCAUUUGAUUCAGAACUUAAUUCUGAUUUAAGUGAGGAUAAUGAGGAAUUUACCACGAAGAAAAAGGAAAAAGAUUUAGUAAAAGCCGAUUAUAUAGAAGAUCCUGAGGAAAAUUUUAGGAGACAUUUUCUUAAGACUUUUGCAGAUAUACCAAGAAUAUCACAGAUCUCUUUAGAAGAUAACCCGAAAGAUGGAGUAAUGGAACAAAAUCAGAAAGAAGGAAUUCAGAAAACGGAAAUGUCAUCUGUAUCCAAAACAGAUAUACAACAAUCUACUAAAGAAAAUGACAGCACUAGUAGUUCUACAAUACAUCAAGUAGAAGAUAUCUCAGAGAAUUUAAAAAAUAGUCAGACCGAUUUAAAUUAUAAGAAUGAUACCGAAGAAGACAAAAACGCAGAUCAAACAAACUUACCUAAAGACGUUAUUUAAGCUAAAUAUUUCGAGGUAUAUAAUUGUAAAAGAAGAAAUAUAUAUGGCUCAAAAAUUCUGUAUUUUUA